GCUGCCAUGUUCAUAGUCCACCUCACAGUCUCCCCCGUUAGACUUCUUACUCUGGAAGUACUUCACUAACUUGGUUUUAAGUCUUGGUACUUUGUUUUCUCCGAGUUCGACGAGCAGAGCAUAUGAAUACGCGUCAGCCAUGUUGGCCGGCCUGGCUCGUCUGCUGUCUGCUUUACUUUCGCUUUUGAUUCUUAGGAAAUGAGACGUUUCCUCGUCAGCGUUGUUGUUGUUGAAGGCAGCAGGGUUUAGGGAGGGUUUGCACAGAGGACUGAGUUGUUGAGGGCAGGGUACAGCUUCGUUUAAUGCUUCGAUAAAGUAAUAAAACUAGUUUAAAACUUGGCUAACAUCCCGAGGGACGGUUUCCAGAGGUGUGCUGACUGUGCUCCUUAUCUGGCUGCUUUCUACUUUCUUUCUCUCCUCGGUACUUUCCAGUGAGGUGGGAACCAUGAACAGUAAAUUAGACGUCCCCCUUCAUGGGCAUUCACUUAACAUUGUGAGACAGUCCAGAGAAGCUCUGUGUGAGGUCCUCCAAAGCAAAUUUGGAUGUGUGGCCUUCAUCGAGGGCCUGGAUUCUGAUCAUGAUUUUGGCUAUGCCCAUAAGGGAAAGCCAACAGUUGAAGACUGGCCGAGGUUUGCUUUUAUGCUGCGUGCAGGUGUUCAGGUGUCUGUAUGGAAGGGUGAUCUCACCAUUUUCAAGGCUGAUGCCGUUGUGAAUGCUGCGAAUACUCAGCUUCAGCAUGCUGGCGGUCUUGCAUCUGCUCUCUGCAAAGCCGGUGGUCCUGAUGUCCAGAGAGAGAGUAAUGAUUACAUCAGAAAGCAUGGUGACUUGAAAACAGGAGAUGCUAUUGUCGCAGGUCCGGGGCAUCUACCAUGCAAACACAUUAUCCAUGCUGUUGGCCCACGAUUACCACUAUAUCCCACCAACUCUGACAUUUCUCGGGCUGAACCACUGUUGAAGGAAGCCAUCCGGAGCAUCCUUGACAAAGUAAGGGAGCGCCGUCUACAGUCUGUUGCCAUUCCUGCUAUAAGCUCUGGACUGUUCCACUACCCACUGCCACAGUGUGCAGACACCAUAGUAUCAGCUGUGAAAGAAUACUAUGAGAACUAUGGCCCUUACAAAGAUCAUCCCAAAGAGAUCUUCCUUGUUAACCACGACGAGCCUUCAGUUACGGAGAUGACCAGGGCCUGCAAACAGAUAUUAGCACCCCACAAUGCCAUGACAUACAGUCAGGUAGCAGCAAGUAACAGCAAAGAUGAUGCCAAAACCUCAACACCUUCUCUCCAGAUGGGAAAGGUUGAUCUGAAGCUGUUAAAGGGAAACAUUGAGGAACAGUGGACAGACGUCAUCGUGAACACAACAGGAGAAGACAGAAACUUGAGCAGUGGUAAUGUCUCCAGCGCUUUACUGAACAAAGCUGGAUAUGAAAUACAGAAGGAACUGCAUUAUGCGAAUCAAACUGGACCUGUCAUCAUUACAAAAGCCUACCGGCUGCACUGUAAAAACGUCUUUCAUACGUUUUGUGCUUGGAAGGGGGGAGAUGCAAUGCAACAGGCAAAUGCACAGCAGAUUCUUUCUAACUCAGUGUUGGAAUGCUUGCGGUUGGCAGUUUCAAAUAAUCACAAGUCGAUCGCCUUUCCUGCCAUUGGAACAGGAAACCUUGGGUUCAGAGCAAAAGAGGUUGCCUACAUCAUGUUAAGUGCAGUGUCUCACUUUGCCCAAAAUACCUCAAAGACGUUGGAAGUUCAUGUCGUCAUAUAUCCUCCUGACAUCAACACAUUUCAGGCUUUUGAAGAACAAAUGAGAUAUCCCAAGGAAAAAGUAUCUGGUCCCAGCUUUGAACCUGCAUUCAACAACAAAGAUGACUUCAGUGGCUCAAAGGCUUCAUUCCCUCAGAUCAGCCUCACCGGCUCCUCUGAAGAAGCAACACGUGAGGCUGAACGAUGGCUGCAGGGGCUCUUUGGAUCUUCUGGCACAGUCGUCCUCUGCAACAACUUCAUCCUUCACUUUGGAGAGCAAGAACAUCAGCAGCUCUCCCGUCUGACCAAAAGGGGUGUCAGAAUCCAGGAGUAUUUUCAAAAAGGCUUUGCUGGCAUAACGGUAAAAGGCGAAUUGAAUGAAGAGGUUGCUGUGGCUGGGCUGCAGGUGGAGGCCAUUCUCUGCAAAAUACAGGAGGAGUUUGUGAGAGAUGAAGAGCAGGAAAUAAGUCGUAUUUCGACAAAGAAUGUGUCUUUUCAGAGAGAGACACUGCACUCCUCAACCCAAGAGUACAGAGACAGAACAUCUCUACUCAGCAAACUGAAUCUGUGGAUGUAUAAGGUGGAAAAAGUGGAGAACCCAGCGCUGGAGACGCUCUUUGAAUUGAAGAAAAAACAACUCAACCGCUCCACUUCUCGCACAAUGUUUCAAUGCAUAUCAGCACAGUUCCUUGAGAUGGUGUGUCGUAUUGGAUUCCACGCACAGUGCGCUCCACCUCAAGACUCUGCAUUUGGAGAGGGCAUCUACUUUGCAGGCACAGUGAAAAAGGCCAUGGAAGUGUGGAUGAAGCCAAUCGAGGAGUAUGUGUACUUUGUGGAGGCUGAGGUGCUAACUGGAAACUCCACUCGCGGUGAACAAGGUCUCAUUCUGCCCCCUGCUGAGGCAAACAGUGUGAGUGGAGGACCUGACAUUGCUGUCAUAUUCAGUGGGCAUCAAGCUCUGCCCAAGUACAUCAUCACCUGUAAGGCAAGAUAAAAGGUGUGUUGUAGAGACAAAUGAAAAGAUGUUUGUACAGUGGGACAUAAGUUGAGUUCUCCUCGUACAGAGUAAUCGCAGUGAAUUUAAGUUCAUAUACAGUAAUGGCUUUAAGCUUAACACUUUGAAAAUGUGUUUUAUUAACCAAAUCAAUAUUUCAGAAAAAAAUAUACAGGUUUGUUUUCUUUAAGAUUUACAUUAUAUAACCACAUUAUGAGUAAUAUGUCAAAACUUUGGGUUUCUUGCUUCUGUUUUAACUUUGUUUCUUUUUUUUAUUAACUUUUUCAAAAAGCUAAAUCACUCGUGGGCUGGUCAUUGUUUGUUGAUUUAUAUAAAAACAAGGUUAAAGGAAAUGUAACCACACAGAACCAAAUGAGUAAGAUGAGACUAACAGGUGAGAGGCUUCCAUCACCAAGAGUUGAGGGUAGUGCACGGCAGAACUAACACCUGAUUGUAACUACAUUUAAGAUGUAUUCAGUAAGCAAAAACUGUCCAGUUGUUCUGAACACUGACACAGAAAUAAAAACAUAAAAACUUUAA